CCUUUCUUCUACCUCUUAGAAAAGCCCCCCUACCCCCUCACUAAAGCGUUGCAGCGCAAACGUGAACGCUAACAAUGGAGCCUCGUUCUGGGUUCUCGGGCUGAGAGUGGGGGAGGGGGUAGAGAGCCUCACUCUCAUCCUCACAGAGGUUCAUGGGAGGGGGCGGGGAGAGAAAAACCCAGCUCGCCACCGGAAGUGGGCUCCGCCCUAACGCCGAGGGUCGGAAGUGGGCGUUGCCUGGGAGCUGAGGUGAGGCUACCACAACUGGGAGUCGGCAGUGCGGCUGGGCUCUGAGUUUGACUCCGUUUCUUUGAGUUGGAGCCUUUUGGUGGAUGCCAUUUCUGGUUCCCUGAAUCACAGCUUUGAGAGAGCACUUGGGUCUGCCUCCUUUUCACUGCAGACAUGGAAGAGAAUUAUGUUGAUUCUUUGGAUCCAGAGAAGUUGAUACAGUGCCCGUAUGAUAAAAACCAUCAGAUCAGGGCCUGCAGGUUCCCUUAUCAUCUGAUCAAAUGCAGAAAGAACCACCCUGAUGUUGCAAACAAAUUGGCUACAUGUCCUUUCAACGCUCGCCACCAAGUUCCCCGGGCUGAAAUCGGUCGCCACAUCUCAAGCUGCGAUGACAAAAGCUUCAUUGAACAGGAUGUUGUCAGCCAGUCCAGGAACUACAGAUGCGAGGCUGUGGCUGUGAACACAUGGCAGUGCCCUCCUUGUGAUGAAGACUGGGAUAAAGAUUUGUUGGGGCAGUCCAGCACUACCUUUGUCUGGGGCACUGCUAACUGCAGUGGCAAUAACAGCCCUGCGAACAAUGUGGUUGUGGAACAUAAGAGUAACCUGGCUUCAGGCAUGCGGGUUCCCAGGUCUCUGCCAUCUGUACUACCAUGGAAAAGCAAUGGAAAUGCACAGUAACUGAAAAUCUAUCUCAUCAAAUGACAGUCCCAAGAAGACACUUUUGCCUCCUGCUACUUAACUACCAGUGGGUUCUUCAUUUCUUUUCCUAAUCUUAUUUUGGAAAAAUAAACUGUCUGUGGCUCUGA